AUGGCCUCUCUUCUCGAGCGCAUCAGCCUCCCUCAAGCCGCCGCCCCAGCCGUCGGCCCUGUCCGCGCAAAGUCCAAUCGUGCUGCAGCAUCCGGUCCCUAUAACCGGAACCAGCGCCCCCCAAAAGGAGACGUCAACGGCACCUGGAAGCACGACCUGUACAACAAACCCGACGCCCGCUCCCUAUCCGCCCGUCUCACCGCCGCGCCCCAAGCUGCGCCCCCCAAGAUGAACUUCGGCAUCGCGGACAAGGCGCUCAAGGACGCCUUGGGCGACAAGGGCGGCCUGUCCAUCAAGGGUGCGAGCUCGAGGGGCAACGUCGUUCAGGUCGCAGGCUUGGCGCGCGGCACCACCGCCGCCGACGUCGAGGCCAUCUUCAAGCGGUGCGGACCAAUAACCGCCGCCGUCCUGCACUCGAACUCCCCGGACCCCGUCGUGCGCCUCACCUACAAGCACGAGAAGGACGCCCAGGCCGCCGUCGCCAAGUUCCACGGCCAACCCGCAGACGGUCGCACACUCGAAGUCAAGGUCGUCGGCGGCGUGAACGCGACCCUGUCGGGCCGCAUUGGGGCGGCGCUGGUAGAGGGCAGUGUGGACGUGCUCAUGGGGGACGAGAGCAACCCAGGCUCGAAGCUGCGUUCAGACGAGAUCCUCGCGACAGACUCCAGGGCACACGUACUCGUCGCGCCUCCAGGCACAGACCCCAAAGAGUACAUCCAGAAGCCCGUAGGCCGUGGGCGGGGACGGGGAGGAAGGGGACGGCGUGGGCGGGGUGGCACCGCGAAGAUGGACGUUGACCGGUGA